AUGCACUGGAUCCCCGUUGGUGCAUCCCUGUUUGCCAGUAACAUCGGUUCUGGUCACUUCAUCGGUCUUGCCGGUUCUGGAGCCUCGUCUGGUAUCGCGAUCGCCGUUUUCGAGUUCAAUGCCAUAUUAAUUCUUGCUUUGCUGGGAUGGCUCUUCCUGCCAGUGUACAUUGUAUCAGGUAUUGUGACAAUGCCGGAAUAUCUGCGAAAGCGUCUUGGCGGUCAGCGUAUUCGAGUUUACUUGGCUGUUAUUGCUCUCCUCCUUUACGUAUUUUCCAAAAUUUCGGCCGAUCUUUAUGCUGGUGGUGUAUUCAUUCAACUUUCGAUGCAGAUCUCCAUGUAUCCUGCGGUAAUAAUGCUCCUUAUUAUGUCAGCUCUGUUUACAAUCAUGGGCGGACUUACUGCGGUCAUCUGGACAGACUUCGCCCAAACACUCAUUAUGAUAGGUGGCGCACUAUACCUUAUGAUACGGAGUUUACAAGUGACCGGUGGUUUCGACAGUCUUGUAUUUCAAUAUAUGAACGCAAUCCCCAAUACAACACGCGCUUACCAGAGUACGAGAUUUACGGCAAGUGCCUCAAAUAUCUCCAACUUGAAACCCGAUCUCUACGGUACCCAAGAGGAAAGAGAUGCAAUCCGCGAAUUGGCUAUCCCCGAGGACCGAAACUUGGGUAUCUACGCCGAAUGCAGCAUUCCACCGAGUGAUGCGAUGAACUUCUUUAAGUCAGUCGAUAGCACUGACCUGCCUUGGGUGGGCGUCAUUUUUGGGCUGAGCGUGAAUUCUACGUGGUACUGGUGCACGGACCAAGUUAUUGUACAACGAACACUGGCGGCCAAGAACCUCGUUCACGCCAGGGGAGGCAUCAUUCUAGCUUGCCUUUGCAAAAUGCUACCAUUAUGGUUGAUGGUCGUACCUGGAAUGGCCGCUCGUAUUCUUUUUACAGACACAGUUGCUUGCGGUGUGGCUGAGUUGUGCGAAGAAAUCUGUGGGAAAGCGGUUGGAUGCUCCGACAUCGCAUAUCCAUCGCUUGUCCUUAAUAUUCUGCCCUCAGGAGCACGUGGCCUCAUGAUUGCCGUGAUGAUGGCCUCGCUGGUAUCAAGUCUAACCAGCAUUUUCAACUCCUCCGCCACAAUCUUCACUGUAGACAUCUGGAAGCUGAUCCGUCCGAACUGCAGAGAUGCCGAAUUAAUGAUUGUCGGCAGGGUAUGCAUAAUUGUUCUCGUGGGAGUCAGCAUCGCUUGGAUUCCGAUUGUCCAGCUGAGCGAAGAGCUGUUUGAUUACAUUCAGGCCGUUACCGCCUAUCUUGCCCCACCCAUCUGCGCCGUCUACAUCCUAGCAAUAUUCUGGAAGAGGACCAAUGAAAUCGGUUGCUUUGCGGCCCUGGUCGUGGGCCUCAUUGUCGGAAUCAUUCGUUUCGGAUGGGAACUAGCACAUCCCAAAACACCCUGUAGCCAGGUGUCUACGACUCCUCCACAUCCACUUAUCCAGGUGCAUUUCCUGCAUUUCUCCAUUCUACUCUUCGCAAUCUCUGCUCUCGUUAUUGUCUGCGUGUCUCUGAUAACUCCGCCCCUGCCUAAACAAUACACUAGACGCCUUAUCUUCUCUGAGAGGCAUGCAGAGUUUGACACUGAGCUUGACGGUCCAAAGCUAACCAUCGUCUCGAAGGCGGAGACAGAUGCGUACAGUGAGGAGAGUGACAUGGAACGGCCGAAAAUUCCCUGGUGGAAACAGAUAAUCAAUUGGUUCUGCGGCAUUGAAAACAUGCAGGAUACCAAAGAACCAGUCUACACUGAGGUAGAGGCUGAGGAAAUAAUGGAACUAACACGGAAACAGCUGAGCAUCGAACAGGACCCACGGGAAGCGCUGUUCGUCAACAUUGGCAUGACCGUCGUAGUGGGCCUAACCGUCUUUACUUCAGGCUUUCUGGCAUAA